AUGAGCUUCUAUCUCCAAUCCACAUCCUCAGGGCCUUUCCGCCCUUCGACCUCAACCGGUCGUCCACGAACAGGCCGACCACGGACUGCUACCUCAACAGUUGGGGGUGUCCAGCAGAUUGUGUGUGCCGUGGCAGAGUCUCGUGGGGUCUCGGCCACUGUGGGUCUUUGCUUCGUGAACAUGACGACCGGUGAAUGUGUUUUAAGUGAGAUAUGUGACUCACAGACCUACGUUAGGACCAUGCACAAGCUGUCUGUCUUUGACCCUACAGAGAUACUAGUCCCAAACACUGCUGUCAUACCACGCAAAUCUACCCUGCUUUCCAUAAUGGAGCACUAUAUUCCCGGCGCGACUAUCACGCAAGUACCUCGUAAAUACUACAAUGAACAGAUGGGACAUGACUAUAUCCAGCAGCUAGCGUUCGCGGACGACAUAGCUGGUAUCAAGGUUGCUGUGUCUGCAAAGUUUUACGCAAUCUCUGCUGCUGCCGCAGCAUUGAAGCAUAUCGAGCUUUCGUACACAAGAUUCGCCCUCAAUUCCCUCAGGAUCAAGUACCAGGGGAGCGAAGGUUCCAUGCUUAUUGAUUUCAGUACUGUCCACAGUCUAGAAUUGAUCCAGAAUCUCCAGAACGCCAAAUCCACGGAAUGUUUAUUUGGACUACUGAACAACACAUUGACUCCUAUGGGAGCACGUUUGCUUCGAUCCAACGUGUUACAGCCACUUACUAACGUAUCCACACUUAAUGCAAGGUUGGAUGCGUUGGAAGAGUUUACACAGCAUGAAGAUAUGUUUUUCCAAGCAAGACAGGCCUUGAAGCCAUUUCUGGAUAUGGAUAGGCUCCUUACUUCACUCAUUACAAUACCGGUCAAGCCUUCACUAAAACAUUCAGAACAAUCGAUUAAUAAUAUCAUAGUGCUUAAACAAGUAUUGUUUUGCAUUGCCCCAGUCCGUGAGAGUCUUGUCUCCGGGAGAAGUGAGCUGUUGAUGGCUAUCAGAGAUCUUUGCGGAGAAGAGCGUAUCGAGCCAGUCAUGAGUCUGAUCAGUAAUGUUAUAAAUGAAGACAUUUCGUUUUCAAAAAGCCCACUUGACCUCCGUAAUCAAAGGUGCUAUGCCGUAAAGAGUGGCGUGAAUGGGCUACUUGAUGUUGCACGUCAGACCUACAAGGAAGCAACAGAAGACAUCCAUUCAUUAGUUGCAGGUCUGGCUGUGGAGCAUGAUCUUCCCCUGGAACUGAAGUUCGAGGUUGGAAGGGGAUACUACCUCCGACUCUCAACGUUGGAUCUGGAGGAUAAAUCCUUGCCACCUAUUUUUGUGAACGUUGUGGUACAGAAAAAAGUUGUUGUCGAGUUCACCACUUUGGAACUAGUCAAACGAAAUGCCAAGAUCGGAGAUUCUUUAACGGAGGUUUUACUUAUGAGCGAUAAAUCUGUGCAGCAAUUGGUUGAAGAUAUUAGGAAAGAGAUAUCUGCGCUAUACAAAGUGUGCGAGGGUAUUGCGAUGCUUGAUAUGAUUGUCUCUUUUGCACAUCUCUGUACAAUUCAGGAUUAUGUUCGUCCCGAGUUCACAGAUACACUUGCAAUCAAGGCCGGACGUCAUCCAAUUCGUGAGAAAGUUCACAAGGACAAAUUCGUUCCAAACGAUGUCUAUGCAAGUCAACAAUCUAGAUUUCAGAUAAUUACUGGUUGCAACAUGUCGGGAAAGUCGACCUAUCUGCGGUCGAUCGCACUCACGGCUGUAAUUGCGCAAAUCGGAUCAUACGUCCCGGCUCAGUAUGCCUCGUUUCCUAUCACACAACAACUCUUCGCUCGUGUCUCUAUGGACGACGGAAUUGAAGCUAAUGCCUCCACAUUUGCGUCUGAAAUGCGGGAAACGGCCUUCAUCCUCCACAAUCUCGGCAAAGGCAGCCUGAUAAUCAUGGACGAGCUUGGACGAGGCACCAGUACCAGAGAUGGGUUGGCUCUAGCGUUGGCGGUCUGCGAGGCACUGAUUGAAAGCAGAGCCUUUGUGUGGUUUGCAACACACUUCCGAGAUUUGGCGAGCAUACUUGCCGAAAGGGCUGGGGUAGUUAAUCUGCACUUGCAGGUGGAGAUGAAUGACCCAGACACUAUGACAAUGCUUUAUAAAGUAGCAGACGGAAGUGUAAAGGAUCAAUAUUACGGUUUAGCUCUAGCCAGAAUUGUUGGACUUCCACAGGAUGUGCUAGAUAAGGCCACGUUGGUGUCUGAGACUCUUUCUCGGAGGCUUGACAAACAGAAACGAAAAUCCAAGUCAUUUCAUCUCUCCAGAAGAAGAAACCUUGUGCUCAAGCUAAAAGAGACUUUAAUUCAAGCCAGGGAUGGAAACAUGGAUGAUAAGAUGUUGCAAUCCUGGCUGACUAAAGUUCAGGACGAGUUUGUUACAAGAAUGUCGAGGCUGUCCGAGGACCUUGCUGAUGAAGAAAGUGAAAUGGAUGGGAACGAAAAAGAGGGAGACGAGGAGCAUGAUUAUGGGAGUGAAAGCGAAAGUCAAGGGAGUGUGAAUGGACUCUCCAAUUGCUUGGACCUAGAUCCUGGACAGAACCGGGGCGAUGACAUGGACAGUGGAAGUGAGACUAAUGAUGGUAAAGGGGUGGAAGGUGGGGACGACGAUACGGUCUUGGAGGAGGAUUGA